GGUAAACCAGAUUCAACCCAUAUCUACUUGUUCCUGCGUUUCAUUUCAAGUUGAAGAAAGAUGGGGAAAGCCCAAGCCUUCAAACAACAAUUCACUCUCGAUGAACGGCUCCAAGAAUCGCAAGAUAUGAUCGCCAAAUAUCCUGAUCGUUUGCCUGUGGUAGUUGAGAGAUAUUCAAAAACUGAUCUCCCUGAAAUGGAGAAGAAGAAAUACCUGGUACCCCGAGACAUGCCUGUCGGACAGUUUAUCCAUAUUUUGAGUGCCCGACUCCAUCUGGCCCCUGGGAAGGCUCUGUUUGUAUUUGUGGAGAACACCCUGCCUCAAACAUCUGCAUUAAUGGAGUCUGUUUAUGAAUCGUUUAAGGAUGAAGAUGGGUUCUUGUACAUGUGCUACAGCAGCGAGAAAACCUUUGGCGCCUUAACUCCUCUGUAUUUUACAUAACAUUUUUCAUACUCCUCUGUAUGAAAGAAAACCGCGUUUACUUUCAUCUGUACAUUUUCUUAAGUUGUGUGUGCAUAUUUUUAAUAUAAUAAUAUUCCACUCAUCUCAUAUUCAGUUGCCCCAUAUAUCCAUACCGUCCAAAAAUGUCUGUGCUAUGCCAAAUUUGUCCAUGUUUUGUUGCUCAAAAUUAUUUGAGAUGGGUAUGAACUUUAUUAUGGGUAAAUGCUG